CGUUUCGCUCGCUCGGCCUGGCAGUGUAAACGAUACAUCAAGCAGCUCCGUUUUUUCGCGCGUGCGAAAGAGAAGCGAAUUGGUGUCUUUGCGACGGCGUAGCUUUUCCUCGGGUCCCCACGCUGUUAACGGAGUGCUACUCCGGUCAACGUUUGGUCGGCGUCAUUUCCUUCGGAUCACAUUCACUACCGAUCGCCGAUCGCUAAACGCCACGGCUAGCUAUUUGGCGUAGUUCUAGUGUUGUGCUCCGAGUUUUAUCGCUGCUCCAAUAAGAACUCUGAUUAGUUACGACGUUUUACUGUACCGUACACUCCACUGGAACGAACUGCCAUGCAACGAACGCGGCAAUCGUAACCGACCACUCCGUGCCCGAUUCCAUUCGUAGGUUCUUCGUUCUUUCACACAAACACACACACACACACACACAAACACAUACACGUGCACUCUGUCAUCUCCUCGCACGCGAUAUACGCGCGUAUGUCGACAGCGAGGACUCGGAGUUGAUUUGCACGAUUAUAGGAGAGGAUGCUGAUGCCGCUUCAGCGGUACUCGCGUAUCGAGGAUAGAAACACAUACGAUCUUCCGGACAACAAUUAUCAGGAUCGGCAUCGUUCUAACGUACGACGCCCGUAGCGUCACGGCGUCAAGCGGAUCCGCCCUGAGACGCUCUCUGACUAGUUUGUCGGUAGACCCCACGUGGCUCAGGAAGCAGCGCGCGAGGUGAUGUUGCUGGAGUCGCGAGGCCUCGCCGGUAGGAAGAGAAACGGACUGACACUGACCUCGUUCGGCGACGGUGGCGGCGGUGGUGGCGGAGGCGGCGGAGGUGGCGGUGGUGCCGGAGGAGCCGGCAGCGAGGAGGACGACGAGGAAUCUCGACAUCACCUCUAUCUGGGCAGGAAGAUGCAGGGCGAGGGCACCGCCGCCUCCGCGGUAUCUACCGGGUUAUCCGGAUGCGCCGGCGAUGACGGCGACGAGAGCUCGAGCCCGUCGCCGAACAGCAGUCUUCUGAAUAAUCUCAAUAAUAAUUGUAACUCAAAUCGUCAAUGCGCAACCGACUUCAGCAUCGCUGCGAUCAUGGCGCGGGACUCGCGUCAACAGCAGCAGCAGCAGCAGCAGCAGCAGCAGCAGCAGCAGCAGCAGCAGCAGCAACAGCAGCAGCAGCAGCAGCAACAGCAGCAGCAACAACAGCAACAGCCGCAGCAGCAACCGCAACAACCGCACCAUCAUAAACAUUCACAACAGCAGGCCGUCGGAGGCGGAAAGUUGCAUCAACACGAAAGGGAAGCCAGCGGUUCCGGGGUCGCUCGAGGUGCCCCGCCAGUCUUGGAGACGAUCAAUCCGGAGGACGAGCCGGAAACGGACGAUACCGGAAGCACGAGUGGAAACGGCGUUUCGCCGGUGACGAAUCCUCUGCUCCAAGAACGCUCGAAUUGCGAGGAGCUCAGGCAUGUGGUGUGCCACCUCGAAACCAAGGAUCUCUGGGAUAAAUUCAACGAGCUCGGCACGGAGAUGAUCAUCACGAAGACUGGCAGGCGGAUGUUUCCGACGUGUCGUGUCUCAUUCAACGGGUUGAAGGCGGACAGUCGAUACGCGGUCCUGAUGGAUAUUGUACCGGUCGACAAUAAAAGGUAUCGGUACGCAUAUCACAGGAGCUGUUGGUUGGUGGCCGGAAAGGCGGAUCCGCCGGCGCCAGCCCGACUCUACGUCCAUCCGGAUUCACCUUUCACGGGCGAGCAGCUCCGAAAGCAAGUCGUCUCCUUCGAGAAAGUCAAGCUCACUAACAACGACAUGGACAGGCAUGGGCACCUGGUGCUGAACUCCAUGCACAAGUAUCAACCGAGGAUCCACCUGGUGAAGCGACCAGACUCGGGCACGACGAAGCCGAUAGUGGACCUCGAGAAGGAGCCGCACAAGACCUUCAUAUUCCCGGAGGCUAUAUUCACCGCUGUCACCGCCUAUCAGAAUCAGCUCAUCACAAAGCUCAAGAUCGACAGUAAUCCGUUCGCCAAGGGCUUUCGGGAUUCUUCUCGUCUCACGGACUUCGAAAGGGAGACGAUGGAAUCGAUGCUGGCAGAACAGCAAACGUUGAGGUUUCCGCAUCGGCUUCCCUUUGAAAUGGAACAACUCCAGGCAGGCGCUGUGAACAAUCUCAGUCUCGAGGAGAAAGCGUUGUGGGCUGCGCGUUCUCAGAUGCUGCUGAGAGCAGCUGCGGCCGUAGCUGCUACCAAUCCUUACGCCCAGUUGGUCAAUCCCACUUUGGUUUAUCCGGGUGCUUCAGCCGCGGGCACCAGCCAUCAGCAGCAGCAACAUCAACAGCAACAGCAACUAGGUCAUUUAUGGUGGGCCUCUUCGAUUGGAUCUACUAUCUUUGCAGCGGCACAUCAUCAACAGCAGCUGGUCGCGUCCAGUUCCCAGCAGAAUACAACAGGUCCCGCGGCCCCUCGACCACUCUAUCCGUCGCCUCUUGCCUUGGGUCACAACCGAUUCUCGCCCUACCAUACGACUGUCCCCAAGUCCUCAACGCCGGCUGCGCCGUCGCCGUCGCCGUCCAGAAGGGCCACGCCGUCGCCUACAGAUAGUCUCAGCAGGGAGGCUCAAGACCUUUCGCCUUCGUAGUCCCUCAGGGCUUCAUUAGGAAAACAAUGAUCGCGAUUUUCUUUUGGAGAGACUCGAUA